UGGGUAAGCACACCAUUUCGUCACUAACGCGUUUAAAAUUGCUUUUCUAGGACCACCAAUAUUUACCAAAUAUGGACGGAAUAGCAUUGAUCUGCGGAAAAUGUCUUCAACGAAACGAUUCUUCAAGACGCCGUUUCCGUCACAGAAGAAAAAGCCUCCUCCUCAUUACAAAUUUCACUACGACACUGAGGUCAAAGGUUGGCGCGAAAGUCAAAAGGUAACAGCCACAUCACGGUGGGGCAAAGCCAAAGAGGCUGUAAGGGUAGGAAACUACUUUAUAGGUAUCAGAAAGAAACCAGACACUGUUCUCAAUAUCGAUGUGAAGAAACUCGUAGAAGCCACUAAACAUAAUCGUUCUGUACAGUCAGCAAGGAAGAUGGCGGAUCCCAGCAUGUUAGACGAAUCAGACCAAGAAUCACUCGAGGUAAUUUGGUUUUAUUUAAUGUGAUUAGAUAAAAAGUAGUUCCAA